UCUAAAAAUCUUGGAGGGUUAUUUGAGUCAAAUUCCGAGUUUCAAUCAUCUCUUCCGUUGUCUCCUAUGCUUUUCUUGGCUUUUCAAAUCCAAACUCAAAAAAAUCUGUGAUCGUUUUUUCAGGAGUUCUUGGACUACUUUCUGGAGUUUGAAUCUUCAAGAUAUCAUUUUACUUAAGUUCUUACUGAUUGCGUCGUUUUCAAGGGCGGUGGCCCUCGUCUGACCGCAACGAUCUCCGGCGACCCACGAGCACGACACGGCGGCGCAGUGACUUUCCUCCACGGCGCGUUCUCAACGGCAGCAGCAGCACCCUGACGGGCGCGAUUCAGACGAUCCAAGACUCACUGAUCCCGACCGAGCUGAUGUUAAUAGAUGGGCUUUGAAGUUCGGCUGCAAGGUGGAGAGUUUGGCUUUCACCUACCUGGGUUUACUCUCGAGGGUAACCAAAAGUUGGGAUUGUGUCAGCAGGGAGAUAGUGAGAGCAAGCUACAAAGGAAGGGUGAUAAAAACCUUAUUAGAAUGAGUAACAUGAGAUGUCAACACUGUGCGGGUCCUCUUUCGAAGGAUAUGGAAACCAGUGCUUGGACAAUUCCUCCUCUUAUUAGGGAUAGUUUCUCUAUGAUUGGCUCUGCUGUUGGUGGUACUGCUAGUGCGUUUUAUGGAUUUAACCACGUGAUGCCAAUUGUUCGGAGAUCAGUAAAAGGGCCUAUGUGGUUGCAUUUUCUUAUUGGUGCUCCUCCUGUGAUUGUAUUUUCUUCAGCUUGUGCAGGAAUGGCAGGUGGUGGUGUUCCAGCCUUGGCCCAACUUUUUUCUACAUCUUAUCAUUCGGCUGUCUUGACAUCAUCUACCUUCAAGAAAUGACAAGAUGCAGGACUCAACAUCAUCUUCUACGUUAUAAUGCAAAUAUAUGUAGCCCGAAAUCUUCUACGUUUAAAUGUUUUUUCUAUUUGGUCCCUAUUGAUUAAAUUUGACCUUCGUUGAUAAUGAAUGUUUAAUAAUAUUUAUUGUAGAGCGAGAUUUCAGCGUCACGGAACUUGAAGGAAGAGACAUUUUAUUGUACAUACAUUUGGCAUAGGGUUGUUUUUUGAGUUCAAGAUGUGGGGUGGGAUUCGAACUUCCUUGAGUUAAUCAUUGACAUUCAAUAUGAUAUUACUAUAGACAUUUUAUCUCAUUACAUUGAAAAA